AUGAAACGCGGAGGCUAUCGUCAGAUCAACAAAGCACUCAACAUUUGUGCAUUUGAUCAAUAUCUUGAUACUCAGCAAGACAAUCUUCCUAUAUUGAAAGAUGUUGAGCAAAUCAGCCCUCGGGUGCUCCGCGUGCUGGGCCAAAACGCUGGCAAGUUUACUUUACAAGGAACAAACACAUAUAUCGUCGGCACGGGUCAAUCAAGACUGAUCAUCGAUACUGGUCAAGGCAUUCCUGAAUGGGCCAAUCUCAUCGCCGCCACGCUCAAAGAUCUCCCGAUCACUCUUUCCCACGUGCUCCUCACACAUUGGCAUGGCGAUCACACUGGCGGUGUUCCGGAUUUGAUCCGUCUCUAUCCUCAUCUAACGACGUCGAUUUAUAAGCACAGCCCAGGUCGACAUCAGCAGCCCAUAUUGGAUGGACAGGUGUUUGAAGUUGAAGGAGCCACCAUUCGCGCAGUCCACACCCCGGGCCAUUCACAUGACCACAUGUGUUUUAUUUUGCAGGAGGAAGAUGCCAUGUUCACUGGGGAUAACGUGCUCGGGCAUGGAACCAGUGCGGUAGAGCUUCUUGGUACCUGGAUGACCUCACUCCGGGUAAUGGGGUCGCAUAAGCGAAAAACCGGGUAUCCUGCUCAUGGUGAAGUUAUCCGAAAUCUUCCAGCUAAGAUUAGUGGCGAACUUGAUCAGAAAACAAAGCGCGAGGCGCGUGUCGUGCAAACGUUGACCCGGAUCAAGAGGCAAGAGCAAGGAAGUCAGGGGCGGGGCAAGGGCAGCGUGACGGUUCCUCAAUUGGUGGCCGAGAUGUAUGGAAAGGAUUUAGAUGAGCAUGUGCGGACAAUGGCCCUUGAGCCCUUCACCAGUGAGGUCUUGACCAAAUUGGCUGAAGAUGGACGAGUUGCUUUUGAGGUUCGAAGAGGUGAGAAGAGGUGGUUUGCUGUGGAAGGCAUUCCUUAG